AUGGCUCGGGUCGAUCGCUUUGGCUUUCUGGCCAUUGCGCUGGCUUUCCAUUUGGUGUACAUAUAUUCGAUAUUUGAUAUUUAUUUCGUCAGCCCAAUCGUGUCGGGGAUGCGAGAGUUUGGAGUGGAAAGGCCAGAUGGUGUUGAAGCUCCAGCAAAACGGCUGGUUCUCUUCGUUGGGGAUGGUCUUCGAGCCGAUAAAGCAUUCCAAUCUUUCCCAGAUCCAUAUCCAAAAAACGAGGCGGAUCUCGUCCCCCGACCCCUCGCCCCCUUUCUGCGCUCGCGCGUCCUCGAGCAUGGCACGUUCGGCGUAUCGCACACUCGAGUGCCUACGGAAUCCAGGCCUGGACAUGUGGCUCUUAUUGCAGGGUUGUAUGAAGAUGUGUCUGCCGUGACUACGGGAUGGAAAUUGAACCCCGUCAACUUCGACAGUGUUUUCAACAGGAGUAGACAUACAUAUUCAUGGGGAAGUCCAGAUAUUCUGCCAAUGUUCCAGCUUGGUGCGGAGCCUGGGAAAGUCGAUGCGUUCAUGUAUGGAGCCGAGGAAGAGGAUUUCUCUGGGGAUGCGGUCCUGCUGGACAUUUGGGUGCUGGACAGAGUCAAGGCGCUGUUCGCGGAGGCGGCUACGAAUGCUACCCUCAAUGCGGCACUGCGCCAGGAUAAAUUGGUCUUCUUCCUCCAUCUUCUUGGUCUGGAUACCAAUGGACAUGGACACCGACCGUAUUCGAAAGAAUACCUGAGCAAUAUUCAGGUUGUGGAUCAGGGCGUAGAAGAUGUCACGAAAUUGGUGGAAAAUUUCUACAACGAUGGGAAGACAGCUUUCAUAUUCACUGCGGAUCAUGGAAUGAGCGAUUAUGGAAGUCAUGGUGAUGGCCAUCCUGAUAAUACUCGGACGCCUCUCAUCGUUUGGGGCUCUGGAGUCGCCAAGCCCAUCAAGCACGAGGGGAAAAUUGCGCCAGGCCAUGAUGAGCUGUCUUCUGAUUGGGGGUUGGACCAUAUCCAGAGACACGAUGUUGCGCAAGCGGAUGUUGCUGCGUUGAUGGCAUAUCUUGUUGGGCUGGAUUUCCCCGUAAACUCGGUUGGGGAGUUGCCCCUAUCAUUCUUGUCAGGAGAUAUUGCUGCCAAAUCCGAAGCUUUCCUUGCAAACGCUCGGGGAAUCCUUGAUAUGUACCGUGUCAAGGAAGAGCAGAAAAAGGCAACCGAGCUACGAUAUCGACCAUUCAAAGCUCUUGGAGACGAGGAGCAUUCCGUAGACCAUCGAAUUGCUGCUAUUCGAGCUCUCAUUGAUGAUGGCAGUCACGAGGAAGCAAUCAAGGAGACCGCAGCACUUGUCAAUGUUGGCAUAUCUGGUCUUCGCUACCUCCAAACAUACGAUUGGCUGUUUCUUCGAGCACUGAUUACGAUUGGCUACUUGGGCUGGAUAGCAUUUGCUCUAACGACCGUUAUUGAUCUUCACGUACUUCACGGCAAGACCGAGACCUCACGAACUCUUACUGGCACAAUCUUCUUCUCCUCUAUUCUUGUACUACUUUAUGCUUCUUUCAUUGUAUCAAAAUCUCCUUACACAUACUAUGCAUAUGCUAUCUUCCCAGUCGCUUUCUGGGAGGAAGUUUAUGCUCGCCGGAAGGCACUGGAUGAGGGUCGGAAGGCACUUUUCGGCCACAUCACAUCCACUGGCGGCUCUGUUGUACUUGUUUUGAAAGCAGUCACUGGCUUAGGCCUCAUUGAAUCACUUGCUUUGGGUUAUACGCAUCGGGAGGUGUUCUCCGUAAUAUGGGUUGCUGCUGCAUUUUGGCCGGCGUUCUACGGCAUGGGUUUCCUCAAGACGAAUAAAGAGCUUGUGGGAACUUGGGUAAUUGCAUGUGUGGCGAUGAGUUCGUUUACGCUCCUACCUGCGAUGAAGAUCGAAGACUUGAAGUUAAUAAUGUCCGGUGGUGGCUUGAUGGUAACAAUUGGCAUUGCCUACCUCAUUUUCCAGAAACAAUUGCUUCAGAAAUCUAAAUUAUCUGGGGACUCGACCGAACCAGCCGAAGAUAAGCUGUCGCGAUCUUUGAUUGGAGCCCAGAUUGGCUUCAUUAUCUUAGCUAUGGUUGUGACACGAUCAAGCUCAUUGUCACUGGAAGCAAGACUUGGUCUUCCUCGAGGCAACCAGGUCAUGGGUUUCGUAGUACUGAUACUACCUGUCUUCAUGCCUCUCCUACAUCGCCUUCAACCAAACAAUCACUAUCUUCAUCGACUGUUGAUUGUUUUCCUGACGUUUUCGCCGAUAUUCGUCCUUCUUACAAUCUCUUACGAAGGUCUCUUCUACCUUGGUUUCAGCAUUAUGCUGAUAUGCUGGGUUCUUCUCGAGCAUCGCAUCUUCGUCGCGACCAAAGAACAGACAAAGAUUACUACGAAUGGAAUUGCGGCAAUACCCGCCUCACUAUCAACAUCCCCUUUCCGAUCCCUCACCUUGGCCGACGUUCGCACUUCUCUUUUCUUCCUGACUAUUCUGCAGUCGGCAUUCUUCAGCACAGGAAAUGUAGCAUCGGUAUCAGCAUUCAGUUUGGAGAGUGUCAACAGACUCAUCCCCGUCUUCGACCCCUUCUCUCAAGGAGCCUUACUGAUCGUUAAGCUGAUGAUCCCCUUCGCCCUGAUCUCAGCCAAUCUUGGCAUUCUUAACAAACGGCUGGGGGUCGCGCCGUCAGCCCUUUUCAUGCUUGUAAUGGCUAUCAGCGACUUCCUCACGCUACACUUCUUCUGGGUGGUCAAGGAUGAGGGCUCGUGGCUGGAAAUCGGGUCUACCAUCAGUCACUUCGUUAUUGCGAGUUUACUCUGUAUGUUUGUUGCCAGCUUGGAAGGCGUCAGUGAGAUAUUCAUUGCCGGCGUCGAGGUUGAGGAUGGGUCUGCACAGAUGGCCAAGGAGAAAGAGCUGGGUGGCGUUGAACUUGUCUCGGAGGGAAGUGCGGGCGUCAAGGGGAAAAUCAACGGAUUAUCUACGGGGGGCUCUAGUAACGGAUAUUUAGCUCACAGGAAGCCUGUUGCUAAUGGCGUGAAGAAUUAA